UUCAGUCCUCUCUCUCUCUCUCUCUCUCUCCCCCUUAUCUUUCAGAUAAAUUCGAACCCCUCGCUUUGAAACUUCAGAGAAAGAGAGAGGGUUUGAUUCGCAUUUCAAGAAUGGCUAAACUUAAAGUACCUCCCUUUCUGCUGCUUCUCUUCAGCUUGAUUCUUGCUGCUUCCGUUAUACAAGGUUCAAGAACUAGUCCUGAAUUCCAUGUAGCUUCAUUACAGAGAGAGGCCGUGCAUUUGCAGGGUAUGAAGCUACAGGGGGACAAAGAUGAGAACAUAUAUAGGGACUCAAGGAGAUUAAUGAUUGGGUCGACGAGGCCAAUAUGCACAUACAAUGAGUGCAGAGGUUGCAAGUACAGAUGCAGGGCUGAACAAGUUCCAGUUGAAGGGAAUGAUCCCAUUAACAGUGCUUACCACUACAGAUGUGUUUGUCAUAGGUAAAUAAAAAUUAGAUAAGUUUAUAUUAAUCUAGGGUUUGGGUAAUGAUCAUAAUUAUUCGAAUGAGGGUUUGGACCUAAGAGAAAAAAGAGAAACAGAAAAAAACUCUCGAUGCUUUAUUUUCUUUUCUUCAUUUUAAAUUUCUUCUAUUGUCUGCAUAUAAGAGUGAGUAGCUAAGUAGAAGUGGCUGUCCAAAUUUUUUAGGGUUUUUCUUUUUUAUCUUUUUGUUCUUUGAGGGUCAGAUAUGGUUCAAUCGAAUUCUUGAUUAGUGUAGCAAAAUCGUUGUUGAAAGACGGAAGUGUCUCGCGUGUUAUUCUUAUCUUUUAGGCCUCGGUUUUGGAGUUAAUUACUCGUCUUUGUUGAGAUGCAAAAUGUGCUUCUGCUGUCAGAACUAAAAUGCAGAAGAAAAUAAAUAAAUAAAUAUUCUUAUAGUCCA